GUUUCUAACAGGAUUAGACGGGGGUAUGGCAAUGCUCCUGGGACAAAUUGCAUUACAGAUCGACGAAGGAAGUCGCGGGAAAAGCUUUCUACUCUUUGAAGGUGUGUACUGUCUUGGUUCUGCAAUUAGUCCUGGAAUUGGAAGUUUUAUCUCAUUUCGCAUCAAUAUACUUGGUUGGGAUAUAAAUGAGGGCAAUUCACCUGGAAUUGUGUUGGCAAUAGUAUGGCUUCUUUUCCUUAUUUUUUCAUUGUUCUUACCUGGAACUAUGUGGGUGGAGACAGGUACUCGUAUUGAGGAAUUGGACGUUAGUGCCUACGAAGAUGAAGAAAGAUCGAGUGAGUACAAACAAGAUGGCGACCAAAGUUUGAGUGAAGACCAUAGUUCAGAGAAGAAGCCUAGAAUAAUGUGGGAUUCAAGAAUUUUUUGUUUGUUCUUCCUCAUGUUUACCAACAUGGGAUUUUCAAGUACGGCCACAUUUUAUGCGCCUAUUUUGGCGUUGGAUCAUUUGCACUUACAACUUAUUCACACCAAGUUGAUAUUCCUGAACUGCACCAUAUUUACACUGCUGGUCUUCACCUGUUUUCAUGUCGCCUCAGGAUAUGUUGAAGAACGAAAACUAUUUGCAACUGUCUUGCUCAUGCAACUUUCUUCCAUAUCAUUUCUUACAUAUCUGGCUUUCUCCUGGAAUCAAGUAACUGACAUACAAUACUAUAUUUUACUUUUAUACAUUUGUUUAGGUAUGCCAUAUUUUGCCUAUCCUUUCGGAAAUUCAAUUCUUUCACGGAUCACCGACCCUCAGUUUGCGACAUUUAUUCAAGGUUUAUCCUUAGCAAUUUUACACGUCGCGUUUAUAACAGGUCGGGUUGUGGUCAGUUUUGUCUUCACUCAAACAAGUUUGACAUAUUUCUGUUUUGGCUUGAUUAUCUUGUGGUUGGUUGGAAUUAUAUGGUAUGGUGUGCUUUACAAAAGAAUGGCUGUCCAUGACUAA